AUUCUAGACACAAAGGAUGUCGCUCUCGCUCGCAACCUAUCACCCCUGCCUACUUAUCCAUCGCUGCCUACAUCCCACGGCCCCGUCUAUCGAGCCACCUCCCUCACCCGCUAGGUGUGCUGGCGGCACCGCCCACUUCUCAGGGCACUUGUGAAUCGGCGUGACACCGCCAGCCCCAUGGCCGUGAGCAACAGCUUCAUCACUGGGAAGUUCGAGACUAUGUUGAUGGGGCAGGGGGGGGUCAGCUCCUCUGUGCUCAUGUUGCUGCCGUCAAUCAACUAUCGUGGGCUUCGUCAGCUGCGGCCACAAAGGAAGACACACUCACUGCAGUGACACACACGACAGACAGACAGACAGACAGACAGACAGAGAGAGAGACGGACACAGGAAGAAAGAAAACAACCGACCCACUGGUAGACGCAAUUAAGUGUCUCGCACUCGUGCGUUGAUUGCACUUGCCGCAUAUAUAUUGCACCCUCCCUCCGUCCCUCCGGUGGCACAUCAGGGGCGAAGGGAGGGCCAGGGCAUGGAUGCAGGGCGGCCAGGAGGGGGGCCGAGUGGGGGCGGCUGGGGAGGGGGGCCGCUUUGUUGCUCCUCUUCGCCCUCGAACGGCCUGGACAUACAUAGAACCAAAGAAAGAAAAGGACAGACCCACAUGAAUGAAGAUGAUCCUCACUGACUCACUGACUCACUCACUCACUCACAGGAUUGUCAAAAGCUUGAACUCCAUGAAGCCAUCUUGGACACGGCUCAUGCAGGUAUCCAAGAGCGGCGCGGGCACGAUGACUCGCCGCGUCUCAUGUGAAGUCGCAUGUCCAUCAGGACCUCCCUCAGCCACGCGGUUGACACAUGCUCAUGGCUCCACGGCCCCCACACCCACCCGUACGUGUACAGGUCACGUAAAUGACGCCUCACUCUGGUGCACUCGUCGACUUUGUCGGUCCCGUUAAAGCCAUCAUUCCAAUGCGCAGCGGCAAAUUCGACGUGCCGGUCCCACGUCGGUUUUUCCCCAGUGCCAUUGUGCACGACUGGCUGAUAUACGCCGGAUGGAUAGAGAAUGAAGCCCUCAUGGGUUUCCCUGUAAGACCACCAUGUCAAAAAGUAACACACCAAGUGAACAGAAAGGCUCAUCCUGCCCGAGAGACCGACCGCUCAGAACCGUCCGGCAAUCGCUUACUUACCGGGUGGCCACUAGCUUCAUCUCGGCGAAAUGCCCCACUCCUCCGCAGCGACUCGAUCCCGACCUCACAGCGACAUUUCGCACCUCAUUGACCCGCAUGUCAGUCAACAUCUCUUGGACCCACUGAGGCAGAGUGGCCACACAAACAUACUCCCCACGCCGGUCGACUAUCUUGGUGCGGUUGCCCUCCGAGUCAUAACACCACUCGAUGUAGUCGUGAACGGUCGUCUGGUCUGGCGUGGGUUUUGGCCCUGAUCCCUUCUCUAGCACUUGAUAGAACGUUCCAGAAGGCGACCGAAUGAACACAUUGCUGGCGUUGUGGCCGUCGGCGCCUGUCACCUUGGCAGCAGCUGCUCCUGUGUGUGGCCCGUGAGACCCCGCAGAUGACCUGACAACGCAGCGCAGCCAACCACGUGGAGAACGAAAAAAUGCAUUGGUCGGUCGUCUGUGUGUCCUCGGGUCUGCCACAAACCUACCCGUGAUCGCGGUACAACAUGACGGCCGCGGCAUCCUCUCUCCGCACAGGCCGCAGCUCACCGUCAAUCUUGACUGCAUAUCCACCAUGGCCGUCGGCAUAUACGUCCAGCCAACCGACUGGACGGUCCUUCGUGUAUGGGGCCCUGCACACACGCACGCAGACACACACGCACGUGCAUCCCACUGUUCGGCUCGUGGGGUCCUCACCGAGUGCGGACGAGAUCUGUCGCCGUUUCCGUUCUGUCUGUCCGCUCCCUCGUUGGAGCUGCUCUCAGCCUCUCUGUGUGUCUGUGGGCACCCUGCCAAGGCGCAUGUGGCGCCAGGAAGGCUCCACCAGCGGCCCACGGCACCAACAGGAUAACAAACAGCCACGGACAUAUCUCAACAGGGCAUGUUGAUGAACCAGGGCUCGCCGCUAUACGGUUUCUUCUUUCUUUUCCGUUUCUCCUUUUCCUUCGUUUCUAUUCUCUUCAUCCGGCUACGACCGAGGUCGCCUUAUCACACACCUAUCUGCAGGCAGGCAGGCAGGCAGGCACACCGACACAGCACGGAAAAUGAAUGAACGAGUGGAAUGGAUGGCGUGUGCGAACCUAGCAGCGUCUUGUGUAAGUACGCUAUGAUCUUCCUGUCUGGCUUAUUCUCAUCUCCAUGUACGUCUUGGUACCUGUUUGCUUGCGUGUGUCGAUGCAUUGCAUGGCUGGUGUGCAGCAGUGUGGCUUAACGAGGGCCUGCAUACCAUCAGCACACACACACAGGUCGAUUGCCUUUCCGCCUCUCCUUGUGAGUGAUGUGUCGAGGUCUCUGCGUACCUGUGGAUGGUGGUGUGACGCCCUUGUCGCCCUUGACGCCUGCCCUUGUGGUGAUGUCAGCUCGCAGAUCGACAUGAGCGAAAACGCCGGUGAGGACCUUUCCUGUAGUUAGCUGAAUAGAGGAUCUGCUGGGCGGUAAGUCCCAGAGUAAGAGUGCUUUUACCUUAGUAAGCCCGAUGGACUGGCCAG